UGUCAGAAAUUCGCAAGACGACUCAAAUGCACAAGAAGCGAUUCCUUUUCGUUCGUUGGGUUCGAGCUAAGUACAGCUCCGAGCACUGAAUUAGGGUUCCGAUAUUGAACAAAUUAUUCCUUAGUUGAGAAAUUAUUCGCAGCACCUGACUUAGUUGCCUUGCAAGCUUGUUUUUCUAGAUAUAUAAGAUGCCGAAAACAAGGGCGAAUGCUUCUGGAGAUGCAUCUGAAAGACCAUUAGAAUCUGAAGAGCGGGUGGACCUUGAUGGAGACAAUGAUCCUGAGGAAACAAUAGAAGAAGAGGUCGAGUAUGAAGAAGUAGAGGAAGAGGAGGAAGUGGAAGAGGUGGAAGAGGAAGAGGAAGAAGAAGAAGAGGAAGAAGAAGAUCCAGAAGAGGGUGAGGAAGAGGGAGAAAACAAGGGAGCUGCUACAAAAUCUAAUGGACAGAAAAGCUCAGAUGGUGAUGAAGUGAUGGCAGUUGCUGACGGAGAGGAGGAAGAAGAAAAAAAGAAGCAUGCGGAGCUUCUUGCACGCCCUCCGCAUGGAUCAGAGGUGUAUCUUGGUGGCAUUCCUCAUGAUGCAUCUGAAGAGGAUUUGAGGGGAUUUUGUGAAUCUAUUGGGGAAGUUACUGAGGUUAGAAUAAUGAAGGGAAAAGAUUCAGGGGAGGCCAAAGGUUAUGCUUUUGUUACCUUCAGAAACAAGGAGUUGGCUUCUAAGGCCAUUGAGGAACUGAAUAAUUCUGAGUUGAAGGGAAAAAGGAUUAAAUGUUCUACAUCUCAAGCAAAGCAUCGGUUGUUUAUUGGAAAUGUUCCCAGAAAUUGGGGAGAGGAGGAUAUGAAGAAGGCUGUAACAGAUAUUGGACCAGGAGUCAUUUCUGUGGAACUGUUGAAGGACCCACAGAACUCCAGCCGGAAUCGUGGAUUUGCUUUCAUUGAGUAUUAUAAUCAUGCAUGUGCAGAAUAUUCAAGACAAAAGAUGUCAAGCCCAAAAUUUAAGCUCGACACCAAUGCUCCUACUGUGAGCUGGGCUGAUCCUAAAAAUACAGAAUCCUCUGCUGCUUCUCAGGUGAAAGCUGUGUAUGUCAAGAAUUUACCAAAAGACAUUACUCAGGAGAGUCUAAAGGAGCUGUUUGAACGUCAUGGAAAGAUCACAAAGGUGGUUCUCCCCCCUGCAAAAGCGGGACAUGAAAAGAGCAGAUUUGGUUUUGUACACUUUGCGGAAAGGGCAUGUGCAAUGAAGGCAUUGAAGAACACUGAAAAAUAUGAAAUUGAUGGUCAAGUUUUGGAAUGCUCUCUUGCAAAGCCACAAGCAGAUCAGAAGUCUUCUGGAUCAUCAAAUCAUCAGAAGUCGCCCUUA